AUUUUUUGCCUUCGCUGCCGCUCUCUCGCUGGCCUCGAACACGUUUCCUAUGCUCGGUUUCAUCGCCGGGGUCAUAUUGACCCCUUCGGCUCCAAAGGGUUAAAUUACUCUUUCUUUCUCUAAAAUCAGCCAUAAUCCUCCCUCCCUCGAGUGUUAUGCAUCUAACAAAUACUUUACAAAAAUGCAGGAAUGAUCGAGAUAAAGGAACGCCAGACAGCAGGGUUUCUCAAGGCAAAGAUAUUGGAAGUUCUGGGAUCAUACGACGUAUCCAUUGAACAAAUUUUUUCAAUAACUGUGGACAACGGGGCAAAUAUGCUGGCGGCUGUAAAACAGCUCAAGAUGGUUUUAGACCAAACGAUGCUUCAGCAGUACGAGGAACUUUAUACAGACCCCACCGAAGAUGACGACAACCACAGCCAAAUGGUUAUAGAUGGCCUGUCCGCAGAGUUUCAAGAACAGCUGAAUUUGAUCAGAUGCUCCGCCCACACACUCCAACUGGCUGUCUUGGAUGUGAUUAAUAAAUCUGAUGACAGUGUCAAGGAGAUAACAGCUAUUGCGAAAAAAUGUAGAGGCAUCAAAUAUAAGACCCACUUCGACUGCCAUAACGCAAGUGUUCCUCCGGUUUUUAACCAGACAAGAUGGGGCGGCAUUUACGAUCUGAUCCACAGCUUCCACGUCCAAAGGGAUUUCUUUGAGAAGUUGGCUGAGGACUUUCCUGAACUAGGGCUGACAAACGAUAACUGGAUCUUCAUUGAACAUUAUGUACAAGCCUUCAAGCCAUUGUACGUAUGCACGAAAAAGCUUCAGGAAAAACACGUUUCUUUACCCGAUUUCUACCUGUACUGGCUUAAGGCUAUAAGCGAAUUGAGUAAUUUCCCAUCGAAUCCCUUUGCGCCACAACUGAUCAAGUCCCUAACACGACGCCUGGAGGCACUUAAAACAUCUCGUGCAUUUCAAAUGGCUCUGUAUCUCGACCCACGGUUCAACUUUCUGAAUUCUAAAUUCUUCAAAGUCGAAGAAAAACUUGCGAUACAGGGAUACAUCAUUGAUACCUAUGAGCGGAUUCAAAAGUUGAAGCCCAUGAAUGGAACUGACGAUGCCGAGCAAAGCGGAACCUCUCAGCACAGUCAGUUUGACGAUUUCCUCACUGAAAUGCUUGGAGGUUCGUUGGACGACUCCACCACCAGCGACACAACCACGUUCAUUCAGCAAGUAAAAGCUCUUGAUGGGGAACCUCGCCAGGGAUUCAGCCACAAUGUUUGGGAGUACUGGAUGCGACGUCAGAAGACCCAUCCUGAGUUGUUUGCAGUGGCAAUGGUCGUUUUGGCUGCUCCUUCCAAUCAGGUCUCCGUGGAGCGUGCAUUUUCUGGCCUGGCGUUGGUACUCUCACCUCAUCGAGCGGGCCUUGGAUCGGAGGUAUUAGAAGAUAUUCUGCUGAUCAAAUUGAAUCGCGACAUAUUCGAGCAAAUUAUGCCAUCGUAUGAGUGGAAGGAAUUUACCAGCGCGUCGUAGCGGUGUCUGUCCACAUCGGCGGAACAGAUUGUCGAAGAUGUUUAGAAACUGCCUUUGAAAGAACAUAACAUCAUUACAAGUCCGUCAUGCGUUGUUGUAUGAUAAAUACUCACCGUUAACUCAGAAGAUGUAAUCCAUUUGAUAACCGUUAAGAAUAAAGCUCUUCACCGCCUGUAUUUUUGUUUAUUAUGUAAAUAU